CAGAAGCGCCACUCUGCAGCCUCUAAUGAUGUGCUGAAGACAACGCUUACACUUAGGUGGCGAUCGGAUGCAGUGUCCUGCAGGAUUUUGUGUGGGCCAUGUCAUGCUGGUUUGAAGAUAAAUUAAAGCUACCACAACUGAGACUAUGAGGCAAGCAGUAACUGCCACUCUGUCUGUGUGGGGUGAGCGCCGUUUUGGAUACUCUGCGCUCAAGGACUCUAGUGAGUCUCUGUUGAAUGAGCGUAAACUGAGGCCUGGACUGAAAGAGGACUCUGUCAUUGAAGAGAAAGAACGGGCAGAGAAUGAGCAGGAACAGCUAGAGGCUGUUUUGGGUCUUUCACCGUCCCCUGUGGAUGACGCACACACUGCAGGAGACCACCACACUGGGAGCCCGGAGCACCCGGACCCCAUGCUAGAGUCAUGCCCAGACCGUAGGAGUGAUGCAAUGGAAGGGUCACUAGUGUCUGGCCCUAAGAACACUGACUCUGCUGGACGGAAGGGUUCUCUCAAUGCUUUGCCCACGCAGCGUUGCAGUUCUCUGGGUACCACAGCCCCUCAAUGGGUCCCUGAUUCUCAGGCGCCAUUAUGCAUGAAAUGUGGCUCUAAAUUCUCUUUCACCAGAAGACGUCAUCACUGCAGGGCAUGUGGGAAGGUUUUUUGUGUGGUAUGUUGUGACCUAAGAUUCAAAUUGACUCAUCUCGGUGGGAAAGAGGGGCGUGUCUGUGUCACCUGUCAUUCAACCUUGAUUAACCGGACGCUUCGCAAGGACCAAAAGAAAGUUUGGUUUGCUGAUAAUCUCCUUCCUCAGUCUGAAAGUAGAAGUGCCAACAGCACUCCCACUCACAGGAGUGUGUCCCACACACAGAGCGCUAAACUCGCUCAAGCGGAAGUAUCUGACCUAAGAGCAGGAGAUGAAGUCAGUGGUCUUAAUGAAAAUUACACAAAACCCACUAAACCAAAGGACCUUCCUCCUAUUCUGACAUCAACAGGAGUCAAAGGAGACUACACUUUGGAGGAGAAGAGAACGGAGUCAUCCCUCUUAGAAGAGCUGGAGAGAGGUCUUGCAGAGCCUUUGGUGUUUGUGCUCAACGCAAACUUGCUCGCCGUGGUGAAGAUUGUCAGCUAUGUGAACCGCCGGUGCUGGUGUGUUAAGUCAAAGGGAAUGCAUGCUGUUGGGCAGCCAGAGGUGGUCAUUUUGCUGCAAUGUUUGCCUGAGGAGAAGAGAUUCCCAACGGAUAUUUUUAACCAUUUCAUACAGAUCUACUGGGAUGCCCAGACAGCAGGAAAGCUUCUGAGUCACCUUAGUCACUCCUUGGUACCCCGUGGUUUUCUGGGUAAUAAUGAGCAUGCUGGCUUUCUUUACGUGCAUCCAACGUUCCAGUCCGUGGAGGGCCUGCCUUUACCUGCACCGCCAUACCUGUUUGGGCUCCUCAUGCACCGUGAGGAGACCCCAUGGGCCAAAGCCUUUCCUCUGAGACUAAUGCUACGUUUAGGAGCUGAGUAUAGAUUUUAUCCCUGUCCCUUGUUCAGUGUGCGCUUCAGAGAGCCUCUUUUCGGACCAGUCAACAACAGCAUCAUGAGGCUUUUAGUGGAUUUCCGUUUUUACCGUUACACACUGCCAUCAGUGCCGGGGCUGGUGGUUGAUCUAGAGGCUAGAAGCACCUGCAUAAGAAUCCCCAAAACACGUCACCCUGAGCUGUUGAAAGCUCUGAAUAAGUCUAAUGAAAGGGUGCUGGCUCUGGGCGCCUGCUUUAAUGAGCAGGCGGACUCUCAUCUUAUCUGCGUACAGACAGCAGAUGGACAAUACCAGACGCAGGCCAUCAGCAUCCAUAGCCAGCCACGCAGGGUUACUGGCUCGUGUUUCUUUGUGUUCAGUGGAGCACUGAGACCUUUGUCAGGAUUCUUGGCCAAGUCAAGCAUUGUGGAAGAUGGUUUGAUGGUGCAGGUAACCAUGGAGACCAUGGCUGAGUUAAGACUAUCUCUGCGGGACAUGAAAGACUUCACAGUCACCUGUGGAAAACUCCACCCAGUAGAGAGACAGGAAAAUGUGCACAUUCAGUGGCAAGACGAAGAGCCAUGCUUUAAUAAAGGCAUUAUCAGCCCAGUUGAUGGUAAAUCUAUGGAGUCUCUCACAAACAUCAAGACCCAUCAGCGAUUAGAAUACAAAGCCAACGGGAAGGUCAUACGCUGGACGGAGUUGUUUUACUUGCUGAAAGACCAGCAUUCAAAUGGUCUUAACCACACCAGCCAAAACCGCCUCACAGAACGUCUUGCACGUGCAUUCUGCCUGGCACUGUGCCAGUCUCUCUGUCUGCUUAAGGAGGAUGGCAUGACCAAACUGGCAUUGAGAGUGACCCUGGAUGGACAGAAGAUGGAGUUCUUGGCUGGCAGUAAUGGUCAGCGCUUACCAGCACCAUACCAGGACUGUCUUAACCAAUCACUAACAAGUGUGGUGCAGAGUAACUUUCAGUACCAGGGUCUUGCCACCUGCCAGCUUGAGCUCAUCUUCUAUAUUCUUGAGGAUACAUCAUAAAGACAGGCCACACAGACCACCCAAUGUCACAUGUGCCAAUACUCCCUGAAACCUCAUUACCAUAACCUGACUUUUAUUUGAGAGCUUUAAGGAAUGUAGUAGACAAUCCAAUGUGGCAUCUUAUUUGAGUAAUGUUUAGUCAAUACUACUGCUCACUGUGAAUGGGUCUGGGGUUACAAGAGCAAAACUAUGAACAUCACUCAGUCAAACCAGUAGUUUAUUUAAAUAGUCUAGUCUAGACCCUCAAAGUAUGUAAUCUGAAAUCUGCAAUCUUUGCUCACAUUCAUUUUUGCAUCCAGGUUUUUUUAUUUUUUAUUUUUUUAGCCAAUCACAUGAGCCACAAGUGCUAUGUAGGAAAAUGACAUUAUGACAAUUCUGAUUGGCUGAUGAUGAACUCCCACAAUCCCAUGCUCUUCAAUAGCGACUAUCCUGAGCUGUGAUAUCAGAGGCAGCUGACAGGGAAAGUUGGGCACUGGUAAAACAUUUACUAUAAAAUUAUGAAUAUUUUUAUUUAUUCAGAAUGCACUGCUACUCUUGAAUGCGCUUCAAAGGAGAAUUAUGCUUUUUGGGCUCAGACCGUGUAGUUUCAGCAUACACCAACAGGGGCUAACUAGGCCAUCCUAACAAGCCAAACCCUGAUCCCUCUAGACUUCCACAGACCUCAGCUUGGUCAGAUGAUCAAAGGAUUUAAACCUAAACUUUUUAAGGCCAAACAUCUCCUGAGCAUUACAAUAUAAGGACCAAAGUGCAACAGACAACAUGAUGCUUGAGUGAAUGACUUCAGUAGCAUGAUCUGAUCUUGCAGGGUGAAAUAACAGUAGUUUGUUUUUUGUUCAAUCCUCAAGUCAAGUAGAACUAUAUGUAGCCAUGGCGAUUCUCUGUUUUACUUCCUAAUAAAGGCGUGUGAAUGACUUCCUCUUGAGUCACAAAGUACAAAUCCCAUGUUACGCACUAUUCUCCCAGUUUGCUGUGAGGAGUGGCCUGACCUCUGCCCUACAUUGAAGCACACCUGCUGGGAAAAAAGUGCUAGGAAUUCAGCCAAACAAAGGCAAUGCUUGGAUAAACAGGAGUGCAAAUUUUACACACACACAAACUCAUGUGCACUGUGAUCUUUAAGUAAUUAAUUUAUUAUACAACCUCAUUGAACUUUGUUCUGGCCUUAUUUCCGCUGUCACAUGCACAAAGCGUAGGAUGCUUUCUGGUCUCCCACUGUUGCUUUUUUUUUUUUCAGGAAUAGAAUGGGAUUAUUGUUUACAUCCUACAUGCUGAGCAUACUUGAGAUGACAAAGAAUACAGAUUAUGCAGGAGAAAUGCAGCACACAUACUGCAAGUGUUCUUAAUAAACGGCAUAGUUUGGAAGCUCCCUGGCUGCCCUCGAAAGACUGACCAAACUCAAAAGAGAGUAAACACCCUACAUUAUUUCUGAAUUCUUGUAGAUGACUCAAUGUUAUAAAAAGUGAUUUUAAUGUGUCAACCAUUUGGAUUGAAGAUGCCAAAUAAUGUCAGCUGGUACUGUACCAAAUGAGAAUCAAAAAUACAACAUGAAAUAACACAUGAAAGGUCAAUUCUCACGAAGAAUAAAAUGGAUAUUAAGCAGGCUAAAUUAAAAACAAAUUCACUCUUGUACUUGAGUAUGUGCACACUUUUCAGCUUAGGGUUGUCAACACUGAUGUUUUGUUUGCUUUAGCAACAACAAUGCACUGAAUUGUGCAGCAGCAGUGGUGGUUCAGGAAACAUGACCACAGACUCAUAUAUAAUUGGCAAGUCAAGUAAAACAUUCACAAACAAAUAUUCAGUCUUGGUGGG